CUUUCUUGUGUAGUUUCUGCGGCGCGGAGGUGUCCGUCCCCGGCGCAGCCCGGCACCAGCGCACCGAGCGGGAGCGAGCUUUCCCCGGCGCCUGCAGCCCCCCGCGCCGCCCGGCCGCCCCUCUGCCCUCCUCUCCAGCAGAGCGAUGGUGCGGAGGGCGCCCGGCGUGUCCCUCGCCCUGCUCCUCUGGGUGACGGCCGCCUGCGGCAGCCCCGACGGGCCGGGGGCCGCCGCCGCCGCCCGGAGGCAGGACGAGGCUUUCGCCGCCGCCAGAUGCACCUCCAGGUGCCUGAGCCUCCAGAUCACCCGCAUCUCCGCCUUCUUCAAGCAUUUCCAGAACAAUGGGUCACUUGCUUGGUGCCAGAAUCAUAAACAGUGUUCAAAGUGCCUGGAGCCCUGCAAAGAGUCCUGGGACCUGAGGAAAAACCAUUGCCAAAGCUUCUGUGAGCCUCUUUUCCCCAAGAAGAAUUAUGAAUGCCUAACUAGCUGUGAAUUCCUUAAGUACAUCCUGUCUGUGAAGCAAGGGGACUGCCCAGCACCUGAGAAGGCCAGUGGUUUUGCAGCUGCCUGUGUUGAAAGCUGUGAAGCUGAUAUUGAAUGUUCCGGAGUGAAGAAAUGCUGUUCCAAUGGAUGUGGUCACACGUGCCAAAUUCCAAAAAAUCUGUACAAAGGUGUUCCACUGAAACCCCGGAAAGAAUUAAAAUUCAUAGAACAUCAGUCUGGAGACCUGGAGGUGAAGUGGUCUUCAAAAUUCAAUAUUUCCAUUGAGCCUGUAAUCUAUGUUGUUCAGAGGAGGUGGAAUCAAGGAAUCCAUCCAAGUGAGGAUGAUGCUACAAACUGGCAAACUGUGGCACAGACUACGGACGAGCGUGUUCGGCUGCCGGACAUCCGAGCGAGCAGGUGGUACCAGUUCCGCGUGGCUGCUGUGAACGUGCAUGGGACAAGGGGCUUCACAGCGCCCAGCAAGCACUUCCGUUCCUCCAGAGAUCCAUCUGCUCCACCAGCUCCAUCCAAUAUCAGGAUUGCAAAUAUCAGUGCGAACAAUGAUGGGAGUGUAAAUGCAAUGAUUACUUGGGAUCUUCCAGAAGAGCCUGAUAUCCCAGUGCACCACUACAAAGUCUUCUGGAGCUGGACAUACAGCAAAUAUGUAAUUCCAGCAAAAAAAAAGAGAAGGAAGAUUACUGAUGGGGCCCAAAAUUAUGUGGUCCUGGAGGGGCUCCAACCCAACAGCAACUACAAUGUGGAGCUGCAGGCAGUAACACGUUGGGGUCAGAUACGCCUAAAAAGUGCUAAAGUUUCUCUCCAUUUUAGCACGACUCAGGACAUCAGGAAUAAUAAGGAACGGACAUCUGCUGGGAAACCACAGAAAGGACUGGUAGAUCCUUACCCAACCUUUCAAAGAAGGAAAACCACUCGUUUUCUUAAAAUUGGAACUCCCUUCUAUCAGGACAAUCAACUUCAGGUCAAAGUCUAUUGGAAGAAGACAGAUAUCAGCAUGAAUCAAUUCCAAGUCCACUGGUUACUGGAGUCCUGUGCACACAAUGACACCAAAGGACUUAGGAAAGUAACAGAGCUGACUUAUGAAAACUACAUUAUUCUGAAGGACCUGUCAUUUUCAUGCAAAUACAAAGUAACUGUUCUGCCUGCAAAAUCUAAAGGUCGUUUUAAGUCUGAGAGUACUUUCUUUGUUACCCCACCUUGCUCUGCAUUUAAAGAAAAAAAACACAAACAUAUUAAUUGUCCUGCUGAAGGAGUGCCAGUUCUACCCAAAGUGUUGGCCAAACCCGAGAAUCUGUCUGCAUCUUUCAUUGUUCAGGAAGGUAACAUCACUGGUCAUUUUUCCUGGAAGAUAUCUAAGGCAGACCUUCACCAGCCCAUGACAGGGUUUCAAGUCACUUGGGCAGAAGUGACCACAGAGAGCCGGCAGAACAGUUUACCCAACAGCAUCAUUUCCCAGUCACAGAUACUGCCAGCAGAUCAUUACAUACUCACCGUGCCCAACCUGAGGCCCUCCAUGCUGUACCGUCUGGAAGUUCAGGUGCUGACGACUGGCGGGGAAGGGCCAGCCACGAUUAAAUCCUUCCGAACGCCUGACCUUCCUCCAUUUGCACCCCACAGACCUCACCUGAAGCAACAUCAUCCACAUCACUACAAGCCAUCCCCAGAGAAAUAUUAGACUGUUUCAGAUGAUUAUACAAAUAACUGAGGGAAAAAAACUGAGCUCCCAAAUGAGGGCUGGGUAACAGCACAUCUGUUGGAGCGGUGAACCCAGUUUUUCAAUGGAAGUUACCAUCCUGUACGAUCUGUAUCUACUUCUCUGUAGUUUAGCCAUGAAGAAUUAUGUUUGCACCAUGACCAGGAUCAAUCAUACAGCAAGUAUCAUUUUGGUACCAGCACUAUUCAACAAACUGAUGAUCACAUCCAACUCAAUACCUGUGAGAAAAUAUUCAUUAUAUUGUUCAUUAUAAUGUUUUCAUAAUCUGUGUUUAAAGUAGGUUAAAAUGGUGCAGUGUAUACAGCUUUUUCUCCUAUUGAAAUCAGUGUUACUAUUUGCAAGGUCCUGUGAUGUAUACAUACUUUUGAAAGAGGCCAUGUUCUCAUCAAUGGAUUUAAAUUAUCUAUUUUACUAAAAGCCCUGCCUGUCACCAGUUUAAGCUCUAGAGUGUUUUGCUAUUAAGGAAUAUCUCAAUUUGUCUGAAAUAAGCACAUAAGUAAAAUAAAAACCAGUAGCAGAAACCCUGAAAUACCCAGUUUUUAAUAAUUGUAGUGUCACCAUGGAGGAGGAUGAUAAUACAUAUGUAUUACCCAUCUGAUCUAAAGUGGUAAUGUUCUAUCAUGUAGAUCUUCUAUUAAUAUAGUUAAUAGUUAAAGGAUAUACAGGGUAGAAAUACCAUUGUUGAGAAACAAAUGGCAAUUAAUAGAAUUGUUUAAAAUUUAUGGCAAUGAAUGCAAUUAAUUGAUAGGUCAUAGAAGAAUAACUUUUGAAAUCUUACUUACAGUUUUUUGAUACAUAAUAU